UUCGAUACUUAGACUGGGUCUCCUAUAUGAUCUAAGCCAAGCGUAGGCUCGGCUGCAGUCGAAGUGUAUAGUCGAAUAACGACUGAGUAGUGUGGUGUGUGUGGCCCCCAGUUCUCUUUACUUCUCUCGCUUCUGUUAGUCCUCGCGUUGCUAGAGUCUAUCAGUCGCGUUCGCAUGAGAAAUGGAGCUUGAGCAACCAACAAUGCAGUCGAAUUCCGAUUCAGAAAGAAAGAUUAAGGAGAAUAGCAGCAUGACUGGAAAUCAUAGUGAUGCCCAUAUAAAUGGCAUGUCAAAUGGAUUUGAUAAAAAAAGAGAACACAAGUCAGAACAUAGGGAUAAAGACAAGGAACGGUCUCACAAGUCUGAUCAUAAAGACAAAGAAAGAAGCAAAGAAAAAGAUAGGAAUCAUAAAAGUGAACACAGGGAUAAGGAAAAGGAUAGACAUAAACACAGUUCUAAUUCUAUUAAAGAAAAGGAUAAACAUGAUAGUAAUAGCAGUAGCAAAGAUAAGGACAAGGAAAGAAAAAGUAGCUCAUCAUUGAGCAAAGACAAAGAACAUAAAAGUAGUUCUUCAACUAGUUCUUCAAGCAAAGAUAGAGAAAAGGAUAAAAGCAAAGACAAAGAACAUCAUCAUAAAUCUAGCUCUAGUUCUAGUUCUAAGGAUAAAGAUAGGCAUCACAGUAGUUCCAAGGAUAAAGAAAAUAAAGAAAAGGACAAAGACAAAAAUAAGGAUAGGGAUAAAUAUAAACAUAGUAUAAGUUCAAGUUCCCGGGACAAAGAUAAGGAUAAAAAUAUUUCUAAAGAUAAAGAAAAGGAGAGAAAACAUUCAUUAGAAAAGGACAAGGAAAGACAUUCUGCAUCUCAUGCAAAUGAUAAAGAAAAACAUCGCUCUUCUGAAAAAGACAAAGACAAACAUAGUUUGUCGAGUAAGGAUAAGCAUCGCCAGGAUAAAGAAAAAGAUCGACAUCGUCAUGACAAAGAAAAAUCAAAACACAAAGAAGAUAAAGAUAAGAAAGAAAAAAAGAAGGAAGAAAUUAAGGUAAAAGAAGAGGUAAUGGAUGUAAAACCUAAUCACAUAGUAAAUGAAGAAUUUCAGUUUAAUGUUGGUCAUACUUUGAAACAUGAAGUAAAACAUGAAGUAAAAGAAGAACCUAUAUCACAAAUUGAACCAGAAGAUGAUGAUGACAGUGGUGGUGAACAACCAUUAUAUAUUAAAGUUGAUGAAGACGAAGAGGAACCUAUCAAUGAAGAAGAAGGAAGUAUGGAUUCAACUGAUGGAAAUGAUACAAGACUCUCAGAUCUUCAUAAUACAACAAUUAAAACUGAAGAAGAUUCGGAUGAAGACAUGCCCUUAAGUGCAAGAGCUCCUGCAAGUGGUAAAAGAAGUUUAGAUUCAGAAGAAGAAGAUGACCUUCCUCUCUCAGCACGUAAAAAGCCUAAGAAAAACGAUACAAAAACAAAAAAAAAGAAACGAAAAUAUGAUGAUGAAGAUGAAGAUGAAAUUGAACAAAAACCAAAGAAGAAAGGUGUAAGAACAUCAAAAGGAGAAAAUUCCAGUCCAAGAAAAAAGAAACAAGAAGAAGAGCAAGAAGUUUGGAAAUGGUGGGAAGAAGAAAAAAAAAAUGAUGGUACAAAAUGGACAUUUCUGCAACAUAAAGGACCAGUAUUUGCACCUCCAUAUGAACCACUUCCUCCUGAUAUAAAGUUUUACUAUAAUGGAAAAGAAAUGAAAUUAAGUCAAGACACAGAAGAAGUUGCAACUUUUUAUGCACGUAUGUUGGAUCAUGAUUAUACUACGAAGCCUGCAUUUAAUAAGAACUUCUUUGAUGAUUGGAGAGAAGUGAUGACUGAAUCAGAGAGAGCUAAAAUAGUUGAUUUGAGUAAGUGUAAUUUCAAAGAAAUACAUUCAUAUUUUCUUCAAAAAAGCGAAGAACGAAAAGCAAUGUCAAAAGAAGAAAAGCAGAAAAUUAAAGAGAAAAAUGAAGAAAUUCAAAAAGAAUAUGGUUUUUGCAUUAUCGAUGGACAUAAGGAAAAAAUAGGCAAUUUUAAAAUUGAACCACCUGGUUUAUUUAGAGGUCGUGGUGAACAUCCAAAAAUGGGUAAAUUGAAAAGAAGAGUUAUGCCAGAAGAUAUUCUUAUUAACUGUUCCAAAGAUUCUGAUAUACCAAAGCCACCACCAGGCCAUAAGUGGAAGGAAGUUCGGCAUGAUCCUAAUGUUACUUGGCUUGCAUCUUGGACAGAAAAUAUUCAAGGACAAGUGAAAUAUGUUAUGUUGAAUCCAUCAAGCAAACUUAAAGGAGAGAAAGAUUGGCAAAAAUAUGAGACUGCUAGAAAAUUGCUGCUAGGAAAUCCGCAAUUAAUAGAUAAAAUACGUGCAGAAUAUAGAGAAGAUUGGAAAAGUAAAGAAAUGCGUAUAAGACAAAGAGCUGUUGCAUUGUAUUUUAUAGAUAAAUUAGCUCUCAGAGCUGGUAAUGAAAAGGAUGAAGAUCAAGCAGAUACUGUAGGUUGUUGUUCACUACGUGUAGAACAUAUUACAUUGCAUGAACAAAAGGAUGGAAAAGAGUAUGUAGUUGUAUUUGAUUUCUUAGGUAAGGAUUCUAUAAGAUAUUAUAAUGAAGUGCCAGUAGAAAAAAGAGUAUUCAAAAAUUUACAACUUUUUAUGGAAAAUAAAUCACCAAGUGAUGAUUUAUUUGAUCGGCUUAAUACAACUGUUAUGAAUAAACAUUUAAAUGAAUUGAUGGAAGGACUCACUGCUAAAGUAUUCAGGACAUAUAACGCUUCAUGGACAUUACAACAGCAAUUAAAUGAAUUGACAAAUCCUGAUGAUACAGAAGCAGAAAAAAUUUUAUCAUAUAAUAGAGCAAAUCGAGCUGUUGCAAUACUAUGUAAUCACCAACGUUCAGUGCCUAAAACACAUGCAAAAUCCAUGGAAAAUCUUAAGGCAAAAAUAGAGGCUAAGAAAAAUGCUAUAAGUGAAGCAGAGUUAGCGGUAAAGGAUGCUAAACGCGAUGCAAAACAUGGGUCUGUCAAAGAAAAAGUUGUAUAUGAAAAGAAGAAAAAGGCUCUUGACAGAUUAAAAGAGCAAUUGACAAAACUGGAGGUUCAAGCAACAGAUAAGGAAGAGAAUAAAGAAAUUGCAUUGGGCACCUCCAAAUUGAAUUAUCUUGAUCCUAGAAUUACAGUUGCAUGGUGUAAGAAACAUAAUGUCCCUAUUGAAAAGAUUUAUAAUAAAACUCAGAGGGAUAAAUUCAGAUGGGCAAUAGACAUGGCAGGACCUGACUAUGUAUUUUAACCCCAUAGAAGAUUAAUUAUUACGAAAAAUAACUCUCACUGAUUGUAUUUAGUGAAAUUUUCGUUAAACUUAUCAAGGGAAAAGUAAUGGUAUAAUUUUCUAUAUUUACAAACGAUAAAUGUGAGAAUGUGAAGACAUAUUUUGUAUAGAACACUACGUUAAAUUUCGGUAAAGACUUUAUAUUCAGUAUGUAAUCAACACAUACUUGUAGUCUAGAAUUGAUCGUUUAGCAAUCAUUGCAUAAAAAUUUUAGCGAUCGCAUUUGCAUAUAGACGUUUAAUUGAUCUUAUAAAUAUUAGAAAUGAAACUUGUAUAGUUUGACAAAAAUUUAAAUUCAUGUUAGGUAGAAAUUUAUAAUAUUUGUGAAUUAAAAAAACAAAAUUUGUGCAAGUAAAUCUAAAUUUAGAGAACUUAAUUUAAAAUUACUUCAUUAGAACAAGAAUUUUACAGUCUCUAAAUUUAGAAGUGCACAACACAUAUGGGCUGUUGCAUUGUAUAUAGAACUGUUCAUGAAAACUUUGCCAGCCAAU